CAGUUAUUCUAGAUUAGCCAGAGACAAGCACCCUGCAGUGUUUGCUUGGUUAUUGGGAAGAAACGAGGCAAGACGACUGGGCUGGGUGGCUGAAGAGGUUCUCACGCCCCCUUGUCCCUAGCCUUACACCGUAUUGAGCCUUUAUCUGCUUCUUGGAGAAAGAACACCCAGCUUGGACUCAGAACCUUGUGUGUCUGAUUCGCGAACAGGAUCGAGGCAGCAAGAGAAACGAAGAACACAAAUGAAACCCGCUUCCAUAGUUGUUAUAGACAAUGGAGCCUCCACGAUAAAAGCAGGUGUGGCGAGCGACGCGGCGAAGCCUGAGGAAGUCAGAAUAAUUCCCAAUGCUAUCGUCCGUUCAAAAGGUGACAAGACCACCUAUUUUGGCCACGAACUGGAACGCUGUCGCGAUUACUCCUCUCUUCAUUAUCGCUUACCCUUCGAAAAGGGUUACCUUGUAGACUGGGAUGCACAGAAGGCCGUGUGGGAUGGCAUCUUCUCCUCCCAAGUCUUAGGAGUAAACACGCCGGAAAACUCGCUCCUUAUUACAGAGCCCUACUUCAAUUUACCCAACAUUCAAGAUGUCUACGAUCAAUUCAUCUUUGAAGAGUAUGAAUUCCAUUCGUACCAUCGGUGUACACCUGCUUCGCUGAUCCCUCAUGGCCAGCUCUUUUUAUCCGACACCAAUCCCCCAGCAGAAUGCACGCUGGUUGUGGACUCGGGAUUCAGUUUUACCCACGUCAUCCCCAUUAUCAAUCAUCGAAUACAGUGGUAUGCCAUAAAAAGAUUAGACGUUGGAGGAAAAUUACUCACUAACCAGCUGAAAGAGCUCGUAUCUUACCGCCAAUGGAAUAUGAUGGACGAAACUUACAUCAUGAACCAUGUGAAAGAGUCAUGUUGUUUCGUUUCAAGCAGCUUCUCGCAAGAUUUGGAGAUGUGCCGUCUAAAGCCAAAACGGAAUCCGAUAGUCCAAGAGUACAUUCUACCAGACUUCUCUAGUAACCGAAAGGGGCGUGUCCGCCAGCCCCAUGAUACUGUCUCUGAAUCAGACCAAAUUCUUUUCAUGGAGAACGAGCGUUUUUCGAUUCCAGAAUUGAUCUUUCGCCCCGACGACAUCGGUUUGGAUCAAUCAGGGCUGGCACUAACCAUUGCGGCAUCCAUCUCGCUUUUGCCACAAGACCUUCAAGGCAUGUUUUGGGCAAACAUCGGCUUGAUCGGUGGCAAUACAUUAUUUCCAGGUUUUCAUGCUAGACUGUUGUCUGAGCUACGAUCGCUUGCCCCACUGGACUUUGAUGUUGCCAUCUAUCAGUGCGAUAACCCCAUUACUGAAGCUUACCAUUCUGCCGUCAACUUUGCCCGUCAGCCCGACUUUUUUGACCAUGUCGUUACCCGAGCGGAAUAUCUGGAAAGUGGGAGCAGUGCGUCUCGAAGAAAGUUUCCAGAUUGGCAGGUAGAUGAGAAAGACAAGGGGAAGGAAAAAGGUAAAGAAAACGAAGAUCAACUUGAAGACAGACCUCAGGCGAACAAAAAAGCUCGAACGAAGCCUCGCACGUUCUCAACCGUUCGACGUCGAUGAAUGACGGUUUUCAUUUGCUUUCACUACGUCACAGUCCACUUACGUUCAAUUCAAAGACCUAUACUGUGAUGUCUUGUUUUAGUCAGGUCCCUUCGCCAAUGCUACAUAUUUGUACUCGUGUGGUAAAGCCUCAGGCAUACUCUUUAUCUGUGAUUAGAUAUCAUGACGGUGCCGAUGAUUUCCGACCACUUUAUCCUUCGGCCCUUUAACAAACAACGGGGGCCUCCAGGGUUUUGACUCUACACAUAAACCGCUUCCCAUUACCCGUCUCCUUACGCGACACCGCCGAGUUACUGUGCUCGAUCUUUACCCAUUUAUCGCUCGCCUUCGCGAUAUCCCUCAGCGAUGCUAGAUUUAAAAUGAAAUAUCAAUCCCCUGAAAGCUAGCUCCAACGGCUCCCUAUCCUCGCCGCUAGUUCUAAUGUCGAGCCAAACCUCGGCAGGCACAGCGAACGAUGCGAUUCCAAUGUUGGAUGGAGAUCGAUCCACUUCAUUUGCGUUUGCCGCCGAACGAUCGAACAGGUCAUGAUCACCCCCCGCCCUAUCUUCAAAUCGGGAAAAAUCAUCAUGUUCUAGCUCGAAGACCAGAGAGGAAGCAUGUAUCUGUUCAAUCCGCAAUCGAACUCCGAACGUCGUCCAUUGCUUGUAGUCCAUCCACGGGAAUAACAAUGAGGUGCGCAGCAUGGAGUCUUGCAGCUCUGGGACACUGACAGGGGAUAUCGGAAGCCAGUGCAAAUCUGAUGGAUGAGGUGGCGCAAUCUUUGUCGCAAAAUUGACUAUCAAUUCGUUUACAAUUUGUCCGUCUUCAUCGCCUUCGUAGACGUGAGAUGCAGUAACAAGCCCAAGAUAGCGUCCUGGGGUGAAUUCCCUGAUCGCUCUUUGCGCCCUGGAAUCUUUCUCCAACGAGGCCUCUAGUUGUCCCGUAUCAAGUGCGAAAGCUACAUAUGUCCCAGGCCAUAUCUUCAGACGUUUCUGGCAAGAGGGAGAUGUGUCACCGUCAUUUGAGGCCGGUAUAUCUGACGACAAAUUGCCUAUCAAGCUUGGCCGCCGGGAAAGACAGAAGCUCCUAAAGUUAGAAGAGCUCGGGAAACCCGGACUGUUUGGCGGCGAGAAUGUUGGAGAAAGCGGUGACAAUGGAUGAAGGCUGGUUUGAUGAUCCAUGGUUCUUUGAUUUAUUUGAUCUUGCGCUGCACAUCUUUAUG